CUGGCUCGACAAGCCACGCUGAUCUGCCAUGGUACUACAAGAAUUACGAAACCAUUCAAAGCGAUAGGUAGACAUUCUCUCGGGAACAGAAAUGGAUGUAAUCUGCGGCCCAUCAUCCCUCAACCAAGAUGGUGACGAUGCCGACUCUCUCACAAUCGACACCCGGGUCCCAAGGCUCGAGCGGACCCAAUCGAUACACGAAGAUGACGACGGGAAUGCGACUGCCGAGCUCACGUCGAUUAUGCUGACGGCGUCAAACCCGGUAUCGCCUGGGGUGCCUAGUCCGCCGCUAGACCAGGUGCGAAUGCAGGACUUCAUCCCGCCCACACGGCCGAGCAGCACCCCGUUUCCCCAACUGGAACUGCGUAACACCGAGUUGCGCUGCCUGAGCUGUCAAACUAGCCGCUUUCUAGACCCGAGUACCCCGGUUCCUACCGAUCUAUCGACGUUACAAUCGCCUGGUACCAGCGUCGGCGCGCGGCUGGGCCUUAAUGAUCUUCCCGCCGAAAUACACGAAUGCAUCCUCGACCACCUCUUCGGCUUCCGAGUCUCAGCCACAUCAAAGAGUUCGGUGAUGCGCUGGGGGACCGCCCUACGGCACCCUCGGAGGAAAGAGCUGUCCGAGCUGUCUCUGGUGAGCGGGGCAUGGAGGAUAUUGAUCCAGGAGCGACUGUACCGGCACAUCAAGUUGAAGGCCUCGGUUGAUUCGUUAAGCGCCGCGCAUACAUAUUUCUCAGCUCGUCCCCAUCUGCGAUCCUAUGUCAAGCACAUCGAAAUAUGGUUCCCGGUCUUCCAACCGAAGUACUGGCCCCUGGCGCUGUCGAAUGCGAACACGCUUCCGACGGUCACGCCCGAUGGUCUGACGACAGCAUCCUAUGUACUGCCGAUGGAUAACUGCUCCUUGGAGGAGGCGUUUGAUUUCGUGGCCGAAUGUCUCCCAGAGGUCUAUGUCCUGACGCUAGAGGGUGGUGAACGGAAGAAGGCGCCCAAAGUCAGACACUGGAUUCGAGAUUCCGGCCAGCAGAUGCACAGGACGAUGCCAAAGAUUCGCUCGAUACGCACGCUUAUCUGCAAGGGACAGUGGAACCUUAUAAGAGGGGAAGAGGACUUUGAGACGAUCAUGUCGGCGCUGCCCAACCUGCAGGAGUGGCACGGUUCCUACAGCAAGCCCAAGUCCAAGAGCUACCUCACCAUGGCAGAUAUUCUCGUGAAACCCAUGCGCCUAACCAGUCUCGACCUCUGCAUCGAGGGAGAUUACCGUCGGGAACUGUCGUUCCCGCCGUAUUUCCUCAAGGUGUCCAACAGGCUGCACUUCUGUUCACGUUUGGCCUCCAGCGCUGCAUCCCCGUCACUGGAGCACAUCUCAUAUACGGGCAGAGUCUGCAAGCAGUUCUUCCUCGACCUCACGGCCAAGCGCAAGGACCCCAGACAGACACGCCUCAAGUCCAUCGACCUGACGGUGAAGAACUGCUGUCGGAAUGUGGAGCAUUGGAACGAGUCCGGGUCCGGCAUAACGGACAUGAACUUCAUCAACGCAUUCGAGGAACUGGUCAUUGCCGGUAUUCGAGCCCUGGGGAGACUGAAGUCGGUUGAGUACUUGAGGAUUCGCUAUGUGGACCUGGACUCGCCAUUCCCACCGCUCAACCCAUACUUCCUCUUACGUGACAGUCGGUGCUCGGGUGUUUGGAGUGACGCUAUCGUCGCCGAGCUCAACCGCUCCCGACCUGAGGCCCUUUUCGAAGAGCUAUCCGAGUCGUUUGGUGAGAUGGGAUAUAACAAAAACGGACGCAUCAACUUCAGCCCCGAAUUUCCCAAGUCGAAAGCCAUGUCGCUGAAGCUGUCCAACUAUGCGCUGUUGAGCGCCGGGAUGUCGAUUCCGUGAGGGCAGGUGCCUGAUGCUGUUCCACACAAAAGACACAUGUGAUUUUCGAUUGUUUGAGCCAAGCAUCGAGGGGAAAGUUCUUACACUUUUGCCCUCGUCCGGCUUCGUCGUUUAGGGGCGGGAAGUAAUCAACCGGGGGCGUCUGGGGCCCGAUACCCGUAAAAGGUAACCAUAUAUCUUGUGCAUCUGCUUGUGGCUUUUGGAACGCAGGGCAGGUAUUCGAUUGUGGCGGAUAUUGUGACAUUUGGGAUCUGGCCGGGACGGUCACCCAUGGAGUUGAGUGAUAGGAGGCAUGCAUUCUAAAAUGCCUACGGCGUGCCGGAGCGGGUU